AUGUCGUAUAUGGACCGAUUCAAGCAGGCUGCCCGUAAGGCAGGUACCCAGGCUAGCAUGUAUGCACAGCGUGCACAGACGCAGCUGGAGACACAGGCUCGCAAUGUGCAAGCUGGAUUUACACUGCCUGCCGAAUGCCAGCGUGCCGCUAGCAUUUUGCAGGGAUUCCUGGCGGACCCAUCCAACCCUACGUCCGCCCUGAACUCCAUCCCGAAAGCUGUCCUCCUGCAGGCCAAGGGCCUGGCUGUUUUCACAGUCGUUAAAGCAGGUUUCGUGUGGUCAGGCAAGGCUGGUAGUGGUGUUGUGACGGCACGGCUGCCGGACGGCUCAUGGUCAGCACCCAGCUGUAUUAUGACUGGCGGUGUCGGGUUCGGCUUCCAAAUCGGCGCUGAUAUCACUGAGUUUGUGAUUGUGAUGAACAGUGAAGAGGCUGUGCGCUCCUUUGGCAUGUCGGGCAACCUAACGAUCGGAGGCAACUUGAGCACGUCGGUCGGUCCGAUCGGUACGGGUGCAGCUGUCUCCUCAGCCAUCGUGCAUGCCGCCCCGAUGUUCACGUAUAGCCGCAGCAAGGGCUUGUACGGUGGCGUGUCGUUAGAGGGCACCGUCCUUAUGGAACGCAAGGAUGCCAACGCACAGUUCUAUGGCCAGCCGAUUCCGGCCAUGGACUUGCUGACUGGCAAGGUGCCGGCGCCCGAGGCUGCGUCUGUCAUGUAUGAAGUGGUCGAGGCGGCGGAGCAGGUCGACGAAACGGGCCUGCCUGAACAGGCGUAUGUGCCCAGUCAGCAGUAUGGUCAGACAGCCCAAACGCUGUAUCCAGAACCGACUCACGCAGACACCGUCGCAGCGGCCACCGAACCGAAGACGGCAUCAGAGACUGGUGCAACUACCACGACAAAGACGGAGGCCGAGACCGAGCUCAAGACUUGA